GCUUCCUCCUGGACUCCAGGUGCCCUAGAGCCGGUUGAUUUGUGAGAAGGGCAGCGCUCAAAAUGUUUGGCUUCCAAGCAAGCCCCCUCUUUCUGGACCCCUCUGGGGCCUGGUGGCAGGACCCACCACCGUCCCUGGCAACGGUGGAUUCCUCCUGGGACGUGGCCGAGAUGGCGGCUCGGCAGAAGGCCGCGGAUGAAGACUCAGACCUGAGCCCGCUGGAGGGGGACAGUGCAGAGGAGCUGGGUGUGCUGGACCCGGAGCUGGAAGCCAUCAAGGCCAAAGUCCGUGAGAUGGAGGAGGAGGACGAGCGGCUCAAGGAGCUGCAGGCUGAGGCCAAGAAGCACCUCAUCCUGAGAUCGCAGGCAGGUAUUCCCUUUCCUAGGACAGCAGAGGAGAAAAUUGAGGCUGAUCAGAGAUCCAUCUACGUGGGCAAUGUGGACUAUGGUGGAACAGCAGAAGAGCUGGAGUCCCAUUUCAAUAGCUGUGGGCAGAUCAACCGAGUGACCAUCCUCUGUGAUAAAUUCUCCGGACAUCCCAAAGGGUAUGCAUACAUUGAGUUUGAGGACAAGAGCUCUGUGAAGGCAGCGGGGGAGCUGGACGAGAGCAUGUUCAGAGGUCGGGUCAUCAAGGUGCUGCCCAAGAGGACCAACAUGCCAGGUAUCAGCACAACUGACCGUGGGGGCUCGAGGGGCCGUUUUCCAAGCAGGGGGGGCCUGUCGCAAAGGGCAAACGUCUAUGGAGCGCUGAGAGCAAGACCCCGAGGGAGAGUGUACAGGGGUCGUGGCAGGUUAUCGCCGUGGUACUCUCCCUACUAGGCCGAAGGAUGGGACGACGCUGGAGACUCCAACAGGGCUGGAUUUAAAAGUGGGGGAUGGGAGAGGGGUUUAAAGAGAACCUACCUGAGCAAAGAGAGGUCUGGACGAUUUUAAUAUUUUUGCCUGGAUAGAACAGUGCAGUUGCAUGUUGCACAGUUAAGGGGGUGAGUUGUUCUGAGGGAGAAUGGAGCCAGGCUACCCCUAGCACAGCUGGAUGCCCACCAUACUCAGUGCCACAGCCACGCUGGCACUUUCCAGGAGCCAGAGGCUUGCCCCGAGUUUGGUUACAAUGUCAAAUCCUUCUUGUUGAACCCAGUAUUCUCCCAGCUAGAAAGAACAGCUGAUCCCCGGGGAUACAUGGCGCACUCUUGACAGUGAAUAGGAACAGAGUUCACUAGAUGAUCAGCUUUAUCCUCAUCCUGUAGAAACUGGAGGACAGGGCUGCAUUUUAGGACUCCAUAUAAGCCAGAUUUGGCCCUCUGGCACCGAUCUAGCAGGGAUGUGGGUGAGUGGGUGCUUCUGGAGGACGGUGCAGAGCAUUCAGACAGGGCUAGGUUGGAGCGAUGGGGAUAGUAGGGAGCAUGGGAAAACAAUCCCUCUAGGAGAAGAGAGCUGUAGGAUGUUCUGUUUCCAAAACUGUCAGCUGUACUUCAGCUGGGCCACAGCUGUCAGGAGCGUCUCUCUGCUCCACCUGCUGCUGCCGCCGUGUGAGAAGGUCUAAACCCCUCCUGCUGCCAGACUGGAGAAACAUAUGCCUCCACUUUGCUCUCUGCGACUCACUUCUUCAGCUUGUCCUGUGGAUCAUGGAUGCUGACAUCUCUUUAGCACAGGCAGGUCCUCAAGACCCUCCAGGGACAGUGGGAUCUCUUCUACCCUCUGUAACGGCAGGGGUAAGAUUCUGGGAACUGCUUAAAUUCAGAUCUGGCCUUAUUUUAUAAACUUAACUGUAAAAACCUCAUUAGGGUCUUAGAUACAUUUUUGCAGGGGAAAUCUAAACCUUUUCCAUUGAAUUAAAUUAACUCAUUAGGACUUUGUCCCCCUAAGUGUGUGGUCCUGAUUCUGCUCCCAGGUAGAGGAAUAAGCAUAACUCUGUGGUUUGGCUUUCUCAGUGUGCUCCUACUCUUCCGUAUCUAAGAGCAGGAUUCAGCCCUGUAAAUCUCCUGGAAGAAAAGACAUCCCUACCCUGGGUUCUCUUUAAACAUUGGUGUGUUUUCUUUAAUGUCUGGGGUUAAACAAGACCUGACCACCUGCCAACUUUCUCUCCCCCGAUCUUGUUCUGUAGCUGUGAUGCAAGUCCAGGCUCUCACUGGUUCACUUCUGAUGGGCAGAGUUUGAAUCCAGUCUCUAGUGACAAGGGGGAGUUUUGUGGGUCUAAGCUUAGGCUCUAUUUCUUCCUCUCCCAGUGACCACAGAUUGGAGGUCAGUGCUGGAAGGCCUUGGCUGAAGUAGCAGGGGCUGUUGCCAAUCAGGGUGGGAAGUGCAUGGAGGAGGGUUUGUGUGGGAAUUCCUACACAGCACCUGUCUGCAUUGUGCAGUCCAAGCCACUGCAAUUCAUCUCACUUUCAUGAGUGCUAAACUUGCUCCUAUUUUUAAAGGAAAAUGUUUUUGGUUAAAAAGAAAAGCCUGGUUAAGAAACCUAGUGAACAAUGUUACUGUGUAAAGUUAUACAUUUAAAUACAUUUUAUUAGAAUUCCAGCACUAACCUGUCAGGACCUUUAGUCAAGUUUCCCUUUUCCCCAGCUACAACUGAUGCAAUGACUAACCCUUAAGGCAGCUUUCUGGGCGGUUGAAGGGACGCUGGCAGGAUAAGAAACCUAUUUUAGAAACAGAUUUCCCUCCCUGCUAACACCUUGGAUCACUGAAUUUCAGAAAUCUAACUCUUCACACGUGUUUACUAUUUGCACUUUGUCUAGCAUGGAGCAUAGAGAGACUGUUGCUUCACUUUCUGGUUCUCCUGAACCAGCCCAAAGUUUGGGUUGCAAAUUUUGAAGGGACAAUCCAAACCUUUCCCAUUGAUUUUUAAAAAAAAAAAAAAGUAAUUUCUGUAUGCCCUAGAACUUUUACAAAACCUAUUUUUUGGGUCUAAAGUACCUGGCAGUGACCUUUUAAUGACCGUUGUUGAAAAGGAAACACUGAGUGCUGGUCUUGGCAAGUGGAAAGAUUUAACUCACCUUUUUAUGUGUAAAAGUUUAUCAAAAUAGUAAGGUACUGGUAUGACUUGUUUGGGUGGGAGGGGAGCUGGAGAAUGGGAGAGUGAAGUGUUUGACACUUAAGUUAUUACUGCUGAAAUGUAUUGAUUGA